CAGUGCAAUACUGCCCGAGCCCGGGCGGGGUCUCUGUUCUCUGGCAGAGGAGGUCCCUUGGCAGCGGGAAGCUCCCUCUCUUUCUCUCGCCGCCGCUCCGAGUCUGCGCCCUGGUGCCAGGCGCCCAGCUCGGCGCUCCCCUGUGCUCGCCCCGCGCCCACUCACUCGCAGCCCAGCCUUCGCCGCCGCCGCCGCUUCCCUGCUCCUCCUACUUCCCCCAGCCCGCCGCGGCCAUGGCGGACAGCGCCAGCGAGAGCGACACGGACGGGGCGGGGGGCAACAGCGGCAGCUUGGCCGCCAUGCAGUCGUCCUGCUCGUCGACCUCGGGCGGCGGCGGCGGAGGCGGCGGGGGAGGUGGCGGCGGUGGGAAGUCGGGGGGCAUUGUCAUCUCGCCGUUCCGCCUGGAGGAGCUCACCAACCGCCUGGCCUCGCUGCAGCAGGAGAACAAGGUGCUGAAGAUCGAGCUGGAAACCUACAAACUCAAGUGCAAGGCGCUGCAGGAGGAGAACCGCGACCUGCGCAAAGCCAGCGUGACCAUCCAAGCCAGAGCUGAGCAGGAAGAAGAAUUCAUCAGUAAUACGUUAUUCAAGAAAAUUCAGGCUUUGCAGAAGGAGAAGGAAACCCUUGCUGUAAAUUAUGAGAAGGAAGAAGAGUUUCUCACCAAUGAGCUCUCCAGAAAACUGAUGCAGCUGCAGCAUGAGAAAGCCGAAUUAGAGCAGCACCUCGAGCAGGAGCAGGAAUUCCAGGUGAACAAACUGAUGAAGAAAAUUAAAAAACUGGAGAAUGAUACCAUUUCCAAGCAGCUGACAUUGGAGCAGUUGAGACGAGAGAAGAUUGACCUUGAAAAUACUUUGGAACAAGAACAAGAAGCACUAGUUAAUCGUCUCUGGAAAAGAAUGGAUAAACUUGAAGCUGAGAAGCGAAUCCUGCAGGAGAAAUUAGACCAGCCAGUCUCUGCUCCCCCGUCACCUAGAGACAUCUCCAUGGAGAUCGACUCUCCAGAAAACAUGAUGCGCCACAUCAGGUUUUUGAAGAACGAAGUGGAGAGGCUGAAGAAGCAGCUGAGAGCGGCGCAGUUACAGCACUCGGAGAAGAUGGCGCAGUACCUGGAAGAGGAGCGUCACAUGAGGGAGGAGAACCUGAGGCUGCAGAGGAAGCUGCAGAGGGAGAUGGAGAGGAGAGAAGCCCUCUGUCGACAGCUGUCCGAGAGCGAGUCCAGCCUGGAGAUGGAUGACGAAAGGUGUUUUAACGAGAUGUCUGCACAAGGACUAAGACCUCGCACUGUGUCCAGCCCAAUCCCUUACACUCCGUCUCCAAGCUCCAGCAGGCCUAUAUCACCCGGUCUAUCAUAUGCAAGUCACACAGUUGGUUUCACACCACCAACUUCACUGACCAGAGCUGGAAUGUCUUAUUACAAUUCCCCGGGUCUCCAUGUGCAGCAUAUGGGAGCAUCCCACGGCAUCACAAGGCCUUCACCACGGAGAAGCCACAGUCCUGACAAAUUCAAACGGCCCACGCCGCCUCCAUCUCCCAACACACAGACCCCCGUGCAGCCGCCUCCGCCCCCACCUCCACCGCCCAUGCAGCCCGCGGUCCCCUCGGCAGCCGCCACGCAGCCCGCCCCCUCGCAACAUCCGGUGCACCCCUCCUCCCAGCCUUAAUGCAUGUGCUUAGUCUGAAUCUCACGUUGGGACUCGUACAGUGGAGCCGUCUACUCAAUGCCAAAGGCUUCCUUCCCUGGCAUAUUUGGAUCUGACUUAUUUGCACUGAGGUUAUCUAGGCUUCACUAUUAAUUGUGUUGUAAGUGUUUGUCGGAAACGCAGCCAGUGUUGUGGGUUACAACACUAACCAGACGACUUUUUCCAUCAGUGUUUUACUUGAAUCGACACGUGCGUCCAUUCCCUGCAGGCACGCCUGCUAUUCGAUAUUGGGUAAUUCAGCAGCCGUGUGCAGUUUCUCGCUUGGCCCCAGAGCUUCAUUGUCCUGGCUUUUAGGUUUGUAAAAUAAAAAACGGGAUAUCUUUUUUAUAUAUAUAUUUUUUCCCCAUGAAUUUGCAGAAAAUUACUGAGCUGUUUUUACCAUCCCCCGUUAUAAUGGUGUUGACCAAACAUACCAAUAAUUCAGCACUAAAAUUCAGACCUUGGAAAAUCUAGCUUUCAGUGUAGAAGGGAAAGUUAGAUGGAUCAGUGCCCAAGACAAUACACUGUUUAAUAGAACCUUCUACAGAUACAUGUUUUAUAGGUUAUUUUCAGUGUAUAUCAACAUCCAUGUCUCUUGUAAAACAGCCAGAAGUCAUGGAUCACAUGGCUGUACUUCUCCCACUGACAUGGGAUGGAUCAUUAUUGUAUAUUAAAGUGUGAUUUGUUCUUUUUCCUUAAUGUUAAUCUACCCAACUGGCCCCCUCCAACAUGAGUCCGUAAGUGUCCCCCCACCGUGGUUGCGAUGGCCGAUUAGAACAUGCCGUUUGGUUUCUGCUGCAGACAGCAACGCGAGUAUAACAGAACAGCUGUUCUCCCUUUCCGUUCUCUGUCUGUGUCCCCUGAAAUAAAGUCUGAACAAAUAUUCGAAAGGUGCGGAAUUAUUAGAAGAUACUAUUUGAAAUGAACGUUACAGGAAUAUCUUGGCACAAGGGCCACACAGUACUUUAUUGCUUGGCAGGAAGGAGAAGAGGUUGUGAAGUAGCACAUUAGUACUGAUGACUGCUUAUGCCUCCCAGUAUAAGCAAGUGCAGUGUGUACAAAGAAGUAUAUUCUGAAUACAUUCUUUCCAUUCAUUUAGCACAAAUUGUUGGGUUUCACUUGGAAGUGGAACACUGAGUCACCCUUUUCUUAAUACUGCAACAUCUUUAUUUUUGCUUUUCAGCAGUUACGGUUUUGUACUUUGGUAGUAGAGUGAUUUUUACCCACCUGUGUUUGCAUAUUUAUAUAUGCUGUGGACGAAAAUAACUUACUAGAGAAUGUAUAUUUUAUGAUGAGAAUGUGUAUCUGUUGGAUAUAAUCAGAGGACUGAAAGUUAAUUUAUCAGUAAUUUUUAAGAGUCCAUGUUUGUGACAGCCAUCUCUAAUAGCUAGCUCUUUAUUCAAAAACACUCCUAACUAAAGAACCGUGACAUUGUAGAUAUUUAAUAUUGUACAGUAUAGAAACCUCCAUUUUUGCCUUUGAAUGCAUAUUUAAGAGUUUCAGAAAGAAAAAUGUCUUGUUGGAUAAUAGUGUUUGACUAGCAUUUUAAGAACUUGAGAGUAAAAGCAACAAUAGGAUUCUCACCUCUUCCUGCUUCCGCCCUCCCCCAAAAUGAGAGCGUCACUCAGUUGUCUGGAAGAAAUCGUACGUCUAUAUAAACUUUAUUUAUAAUGUGUGUGUAAUAUACAUAAUCAUAGUACCGUUCUCAAAUAGGGGGAGAAGUUUGGCAUAUUAUUAUUGAGGCUUUAGAUUUUUAAUGUGAUCAGACCGGGUCAGAUGAGACCCGGGGUCUCACCCACAGCUCGCUGUCCCUCCUGGUACACUGCCGUCCCGAGGCAUUCUAAGAGGAGGCAAACAAAAUUUGCCUUCAUGGUACAGUUCUGGGUUUUUCUUCUAGGAGAAAUAUGGUAUAUGUUUACAAGAAUCUUCUACGAGAUUAGAGUCUUCAGUGCUGUUGGAUAGCGGCUUGCACUCAAACAAGGAAGGCCACAAUGUAAUGACCUCCCCUCUGCUUCCUCUCAAUCUAGUUACCUCCUGAAAGCACAAAAUCCAAACAUGCCAUAUGGAGAACGACAGCCCACUUGGAGGGAGCAAACAGUUCCUGAUAAAUGCCUUUUAGAGACAAGGUUCUUGACAUUCAGACUUCUGCCGAAAUGUAGUGCUGGGUCCCCUAGAGCAGUCAUGUCAUUUCAAAAUAAAACACAGCUUCUUCAAGCAGCACCUUUUCAAUAUACAUCUAACUUCCCCUCCCUGCGGACAUUCAGAAUUGAUAGAACAAACACUACUAUUUUGAAUUUAUGCUGUUUCAUGUCAUUUGAAAGUGUUUUAUGAUGACCCACUUGGAGCUUGCCGUCCUUGGGCAGUCCCUGCUAAGGCAGACUCGGACCUGGAGCCCAGAGAGGCAACAGCCCCCUCACCCACGGGAAGCUGGCUUACCUCAGUCAUUUGUCAUGGGGGCUGGACAUGGUUCCUGCCACUCCAGAGGGCCUUGGUAAAAUCAGUAGCCACCCCGCAGGCAGGCGGGAGCAAUAGUAGCUUCAGUAGUUUCAUUUUCCUGUCUUGCUGACAGAGACCCUUGGCUACCACUGUGCUGCUAAUAGGAUAAAUACUUUGUUUGCCAGAUUACCAUGCCUUUUACAUGAAACCAAAUUAACUUACCUGGUACCUGACACCUCUCUGGGCUCUGACCUGCUUUCUCGCAAAAGCAUGCUGGCGUUCUAGACAGAAUUCUAGAAAUUUGGCAGAUGGUGGAAGUAUCUAAGACUUCAUUUACCUUGCUCCUUUGUUGAUUGAAAGGAGCUUUAAAUUCUGAGCUCCUGAGCUCCUGACCACAACCAUGGAAUGAAUGUGUGACCAGAAUGUAGCUUUGACACCAAGUGCUGCUGUCCCUUUGUCAUUGGCUUCUGAUUUGACCAGAAAUAACCGAUAAUGUGAAUUUUUGUUACCUGUUCAAUUGUAGGAAAAUAGAAUAUGUAGCAUCCUUUGUUAGGUAGACACGAACUCUUUCUGCACGAAGCUUUGCUUGUAGACAGAGCCCAGUAAGACAAGAAAGAGCAUAGUGAUUUGUGCUUCGAGAACUCAAUAUUUUUAUCUUAAUCAGUACAGAAGAAAUAUCUGUAAUUUGAUCUUCUGUCUAGUACUUGUCUUAUAGGUAACCAACACUGAAAACUUUGUAGUGAUGACUACCAAAGAAAUACAUAGUAAAACAGACCUUUCAUUUCCAAAUUAUUAAAAGAGCCAGCCAUUGACGCUGCUACAUGAGUUCCAUGCUCAAGAGCCAUUGUAAGAAAUUAGGGGUUUUUAGGUUUUUGUUUCUAGUUUUCCUUUCCUUUUUUUUAUUUUCUUUUCUCUUUAAAAAAUUUUAAUAUAAAUCAUACACAGCUGUUAGCAUAAAAUCAUGGGGAGCAUUUUUCAGCAUGCUCAGCAGUGGUGGUGAACUGCCAAGCCCUGGUUGCCCCUUGUCAGGCAAUUGGAGGAAUCCUAUGUUCAUAAUAGUGGGUGCUGUGUGUGCACGUGUGCGUGUGUGCAUUCAUGCCUUAACUCGGGUUACUGCUCAACUUCAGUUGACUUAGUCUGCACCGUCAUCUAGUUUGUAUUGUACAUCUCGAUCUGAACUUCAUCCUGGCAAAAACAAAGUUGCAGGCACAACAGUUAAAGAAUGCAUUCCUCCGGAAGGGCAUUUGAUCAGGUUGACCCUGAGGCUGCAUUGGACUUUAUUUGGAACUGAGCAUGGAAAGCAAAAGUGGACUGUCAACCAGAAAGACGUCAACAAGAACGAGAGGAGAGCCACGUGCUAGCAUGUCUUUUGCCUCUGCCUAUCCGUGCACACUGUAUGUUCAUGAUAGCUUGUCUACAACUUGACUAGGUUGGAGUUCUGGUAAUAGUGGCAAUCUUGACAUUCUUGGUCAGAGUUUAGAGAGAUGUAAGACUUCCAAUUAAUGUCUUAUUUACUUCUUUAUGUUGAUUAGUCUUUGAUACAUGUGCUGAAUCAGAAACCUAAAUAAAGAUAAUUUUUUAAAAUGUA